GGGUACCGUGAGUCACGAAAGAAGUGCGACGGUUACUUCUCCUUGACGGCCAAUGAUGACAUGUCAACAACCGUCAUGGCAACCAGCAGCAACUACUGGGAAGAUUUGCGUAAGCAGGCCAGGCAGUUGGAGAAUGAGUUGGACCUCAAGCUGGUCUCCUUCAGUAAGCUCUGCACGAGUUACCGCAGCAGCUACAGCAGCGGCCAUGACCAGCAGGCAAGAGACAGCAGGUCUGAGUCUUUUGGGCCAUUUCAAGACAAUAUGCUCGUGUCCAUGACCUCUGAAGUGGAACAGCUCUUGACUAAACUUUCAGUAUUCAAUGACAAAAUGGCCGAGUACACAAACAGUCCUGGAGCUUUGUCGCAUAACGCAGCAUUAAUGCACACCUUACAGAGACACAGAGACAUCUUACAGGACUACACACACGAGUUUCACAAAACCAAAAGCAACUUCCUCAGCCUUCGAGAGCGGGAGGACCUGCUGGGCUCUGUUCACAGGGACAUUGAGUCCUACAAGAGCAGCACGGUGGUGAAUAACCGAAGGACCGAGCUCUUUAUGAAGGAACAUGAACAUCUCAGGAACUCAAAUAGUCUCAUCGACAAUGCAAUAAGCAUCGCCAUGGCUACAAAGGAGAACAUCACAUUUCAGCGUGGGAUGCUGAAGUCCAUUCAAACCAGGGUCACAACUUUAGCCAAUCGUUUCCCUGCUAUCAACGGCCUCAUCCAGAAAAUCAAUUUGCGCAAGAGGAGGGACUCUUUAAUCCUAGGUGGGGUGAUUGGCAUCUGCACCAUUCUACUUUUGCUCUACACUUUCCACUAAAUGUCGGCUGUAACUCGGAUUGAGUGUUGCAAAGAGAUUUAUAUGCUUUCCUGUAUUGUAACUAAGAUAAAUAAUCGUUAAAAGAUGUUUAAUUUUUACAUCCCUUUUUAUUUUCUUGUAAUGUUAACACAAUGAAUGCAUAAAGAGAUAUUUUACUGUGAUUAUGUACUGUUGAUGUAAAUGUUUCUUAAUUAAAAGGUGGUGAGCUUUCAAA